UGUAAAGCUUUCUGUCGGUUCGCGUUACCGCGCUGUCGUCUCCUUCCUACCUCACUUGCAUCACGCUAGCAAAUAGUGACGUCAUAACGCGGAUUUUCUGGCGACGUGACGUAACCCUCUUAGUACAUCAGGCUCAGAGGGUCGCUCUCUUCCUGGCAGAUGUUUUAGCCUUGGGCUACCCAACUAUUUAUACCCUUUAAGACCUGUUGCAUUAGUAUUGAUACCCUGCAGUCCCCUCACCCUACAUUCCUCUGCCAUGUUUGAUUUCCAUUGACUUCUAUGCAUCCUAUUACCAGAUAUCCAUGUGUUCGGCAGGAUCCGUUCACCCGUCAUUCUCAGACCUGCGCUCUUUCCCACAGGUGGUCACCAGGGACGGUCACCAUGGCGACGGACCUGCUGCUCAACGACCUGGACACCAAGUUCUGUGCGGACAACCUGCUGACCAGCGAGGACUGGGAUACAGGCCUGUACAGUUACCCAGAUGUGGCAGACGACUAUCGCGACCUCUUUCCCUCCGGCUUCGGGUCUUAUCCACUGCACUUGUAUGACAGCCAGAUGGACAUCGAGUCUUGUUCGGCGUCCUCUUCUCUGGAUGAGAUCCACAGCGUCAACCUGUCAGAUCUCUUAGUUAAGACCGAGCCGGUGUCUCCUUUCUCUUCAUCGUCUUGUGAUUCCUCCUCUUCCUGUGAUGGUCUCUACGCACCAUCUCUAGGAGACUCUGGGACGUCAGUGAAGGUUGAGCUGCCACCAUCGCCACCUUGUACAAGCGUGGACCCUUCACCUGCUCCGUGCAGCGCUCUGCACAUAACCCUCCUUCCAGUGUCAACAACAGCGCAGCCUGGAUGUCUAACCAAGUCUAACAGCAUUGUAUCUAAGAAACCGGCCUUACAGCCAAGACCUACACCAGGGACCAAACCACCUGCAGCCCCCAGCAGCACCCAACAUGCCAUUAUACUGCACCCAGUGACCAGUGCGCCGCCUCCUUCCAUUGUGCCAACUCUCACAGCCUCACCGUCCAUAAUGGUGUCUCAUCUUAUGACAGUGCAGAGUGGAGGAACUGUUACAUCGCCUGUUAAACAUGAAGCCAAGACCAUUGUGCCUGCCCCAACGACUGGCAAAAGCAGACAUACGGAGGUGGAUCCAAAACUCUUAAAGAGACAGCAGCGCAUGAUCAAAAACCGGGAAUCCGCUUGUCAGUCACGGAGGAAGAAAAAGGAAUAUGUCCAGGGGCUGGAGGCAAGACUGCAGGAAGUGGAGAGACAGCUAGAGAUGGCUCGUCGAGAGAACAGAGAGCUAAGGGAAACUGUGCAGCAUCUAAUGAGAGAGAACUCAUCGUACCGCACCUCCACCAGCAGCCGGAAGGUCGUCUGCGUCAUGGUUGUUCUACUGUUCAUUGCAUUCAAUUAUGGGCCGACAAGUGUGACCCACAACAAUAUGCAAGAAGAGACGAUUAGGAGUCCAGAGGUUUCGUACAGUGGCCGUCACCUGCUGACCUUCAGUAAUAAAAGUGAUUCGCCUGAACCCCCGGCACUGCGGUUCUAUGCGCCACAUCCUGCCAGACGCAAAAGCCCUUUCAGUAACUCAACUGGGUCACUGGCAAACGUGAAGCACUUAAUGGUUCAUGACCUGGAUCAGCUCUUCCUCACCUCCGAUUGCAGACACUUCAACCGCACUGAGUCACUCCGAUUAGUGGACGAGCUCAGUCUGUGGGUUCGCAGGCAUCAAAACGAGAGGAAGACCGGAAAGCAGGUCCCCAAAAAACGCAAAAUAAAGAAGCCUCUGAUCAGGAGCAACGUGGCCUUCUCGGAUCUGGUACCGGCGCACCCGUCCAGGCUCCAGUCUCACAGAUUGCAGAAUUCUCCGUUGCAGCUGUACGGUUCCAAGGAGCCCAGCGAUCACUUUCUAAUGGACGCCAUUGAACGCCGGGAAGACACGUUCUACGUGGUCUCAUUCCGCAGGGAUCACCUGCUCCUUCCAGCAAUAAGUCACAAUAAAACAUCCCGUCCUAAGAUGUCCCUGGUGAUGCCGGCCAUGUCCGUGAACGACAGCGUAUAUAAUAGCACGCAGGGGUACGAGACCAUGAUGCAGAUAGACUGCGAGGUGAUGGACACCAGGGUCAUCCAGAUCAAGUCCUCCACCGUCCCCCCAUCACUGCGAACGCCCCGGAAUCCCCCUCCACAGCAAGGGACAGCAAGUGGCAACCAGUCCCUGUAUCUACAGGACCAAAACUCAAUGGAGGAUGGUCAGGACUGAGGAGGCAGUGCGAGGAAUUAGCCUUUUUAUACUGUAAAUAUGGGUGUAUGUAUAUAAGAAGACGUAUAGGCAGAAGUGUAAGUAAUUAUAUAUAUAUAUAUCCUAUAGUAAGGGAGGAUGCCUGUAGGCUUUAUACCAGUGGGCUGUAAUCUGUGGCUCUCCGGCUGUUGCAGAACUACAACUCCUAGCAUGCCCUAACAGCCAGCGUUUGUCAAGGCAUGCUGGGACUUUUCGUUUUGCAACAGCCGGAGAGGCAAAGGUUGCAGACCACUGCUUUAUUCCAAUAUCCAAGCAUCUCUUGGGUCAUCAUUGGCUAUAAACUGCAGCUGUAUAGUAAAGCCUCAUUCUCAAAUGAAUUUUUUUAAAGGGAUAUUCAAAGAAAAACUCAUAAAUGCCUAGUACAGGGAGCAGGGCAUGACACAAGGACUCUCUCUCUGGUGCUGUGUGAAUCCCUUUGUCAUGCUUCGCCCCCUUACACCCUGCAAAUGUGUCAUUCUUGCCCGGACUAUUCCUUUAAUGGUGGUACUGUGUAUUUUUGUGUUCUGCUUAACCACAUGAAGCUAAAGGGAAUAUUGAAGACAAAUGCACUUUUUUUUAUAAUUUUUAUAUAUUUUUUUUAAUAGAAUUUAACAUAAUUUCCCUACAUUAAAAAAAAAAAACAAUUUCUCUAAAAUAAAGAGAAUUUUGUGUGCGGUGUCUCCAAACCUGCUUUUAUGUGGACAGAACCACCCCCAUCACAUGGUACAGCCCAUAGCUAACCAUGGACAGAAUAUGGCGCUGGGUAACGGAACAAGGAAGCGUCAUGUAGCCCUAGCCCCACCCACCACCAUUUCACAUGACUCUGCCGCAUGUCAUGUGGUACCCACUAUUCUCUGUACCAGGCAUCCUCAAACUGCGGCCCUCCAGCUGUUGCAAAACUACAACUCCCGGCAUGCCCGAACAGCCUACAGGUAUCGGCCUACAGCCAGGCAUUGUGGGAGUUGUAGUUUUACAACAGCUGGAGGGCCGCAGUUUGAGGAUGCCUGCUCUGUACCAUGUAAACCUGUGAAAGAGCAGGUGUCAGGGGACCCUGGGCUGCUUAACGCGGUGAGAGACGUGACCCAACGCCUUGCUUCCUCCAUAGUGCUGCAGAACACCCAUCUAUGGGUUAUACCAGGGAUGCCCAACCUGCGGCGCACCAGUGGUUGUAAAACUACAACUUCCGUCAUGCUUGGACAGCCUUCAGCUAUCGGGCCAUGCUGGGAGUUGUAGUUUUGCAACAGCUGGAGGGUUUCAGUUUGAGCAUCCCCUGGGUUCUACCAUUAUGCAGCGCAGAGAGGGGUCUGAGCUGCUCACACAACAGCAGGUUUGUGGCCACUAUUGUUCAUGUAGAUACAUUCUGACCUUUUUAUGUAUUAAUAUUUAAUAACUGAAGUGAAAAAAUUAACUCUAAAUACCUUAAAAUAGCCGUCCCCUCCCUAUCUGACCUCAUGUGGUGGUGACAUCAUCAGUCGCAGCUGGUGGUCACCACACCAUGGUUCUGCCAUCCAGCAGGAGAGUUUCGUCCCUCACGGAUCUUAUCCUGGAAGGAAACUCUGUCACUGUGUUUUUAGGGGGGGGGUAUUGGCCUCGAGCGGGCAAACAUGAAGGAGAACGUAUUGUGGGAAUCAAUGGGAAAAACUCCAGCAUCUGAUCAAAGACCCUUUAAAACUGACAGGAAACGACAUGGACAUAGGAAUUCCUACGCGUUUCAGGACUAACAGUAAUGACCCUCACUGAAGGCGUAAAAUAAUACAAAAAACCGAAUCAAUUUUAAGUUACAAAUGACCAAUGGUUGUUCACUACUGAAUCACAUGACACAGUGAUAGUCGUACUUGUUGCUCGGUCCUAGAACUGACUGUGUCGCCAUUCACACAGUACAAUACCAAAACUAAACCAUUGCACCUGCAUCAUUGACCCGUCUGGGUUAUCGAAUGGAGGAUUCCCCUUUUUUGUGUUUAGAUGCUGGUCUUCUUGUACAUAUGUGUGCGUUUUGUGUGUGUGCGGGUAGACUUUCCGUCUGUAUAUAUGGGUGGACUUAUUUAUAUUGCAUUGUGUGUACAUAUAAAUAAAAGUUAAAGCAGAACCCCACUCCAAACCAGGGAGCCAGCCUAUGCCUGCAGUUACAGGAGUUGUGCAGAAUUAGAAAAACAUGCAUUUGUCCAAAAAAACAGCCCCACACCUGUCCAUAGGUUGUAUGCGGUUAUCGCAGCUCCCUUCACAUAAAAGGGUUUUCCGAGAACUUUUUACUGAUGACCUGUCCUCUGGAUCGGUGGGGGUCCGACACCCGGGAUCAGCUAUUUCAGAAGGCAGUAGCGCGGCCUUCUCGUAGCUUUUUCUAGCUUAUUGGUCACAUGGCCUAGGCGCAGCUCAGCCCCAUGUAAGUGAAUGGAGCUGAGCUGCAAUGCCAAGCACAGCCACUAUUAAAUGGGUGGCGCUGUGCUUGGUGAGCAGAGAGAAGGCUGCAGGGCCGCGCCGAUGCCUACCUGAUUGUAGGUGUCAGAUCUCCCACCAAUCAGAUGCUCAUAAGAGGAUCGGUCAUCAAUAAAAAAAAAAUAAUCUCAUAAAACCCCUUUAAAUGGUGCAUAGCUGCAAUACCACACACAACCUGUGGACAAGCAUGGCGCUAUUUCUGGAAGUUAGUAGCCAUGUUUUUCUAAUCCUGGACAACCUCUUUAGGGUGCAUUCACACGACCGUAAGUGUUUGCGUUCCGCAUUUUACGGACCGCAAAAUGGCCGACGCUACAUAGAGAAUGCCUAUUCUUGUCCAUGGUUGCGGACAAGAAUAGGACAUGCACUAUAUUUUUUGGCAGGGCCGCGGAACAAAACAACAGAUGCGGACCGCACACAGUGUGCAGUCCACCUCUUUUGCGGCCCCCAUUGAAAUGAAUGGGUCCGCACCUGUUCCGUUUGCAGAACAGAUGCGGAUCUGUUUAUACGGUCGUGUGAAUGCACCCUUGACCUCAGCCUCACCCACAAAUCUUCAUGGCCAGGAGAUGGAGCUAUAGGGCGCUGGCGCUGCUGUCACCGCUGACAAACUAACCAGCACGUGCCUGAGCAACCAGCUCCUCGUGUCUCUGCUGCCUGCACAAUCGGUGACGACCGCAGUCACUCUGGAUUUUUCGGGGUUUCGGUGGAGUUCCGCUUUAAUCAAGUAUAUGCAGAUUCUAUUGGGGGCUGAUGAAUAUAUAAAGCUGUAUAUUCAUAUUUAUAAGAAUUAGCUGGACUAAAGGGAAUUCUGGGACCUCGCACCCCGAUCAUUGCCUUAAUGCUUCAGAAUCGGGCGCCAGGUGAUCGCUGCGGGUUCAUCCGUCUAUUUGUAUAUGGGGGGGGGGUUUUUAUAGCGUUGACUUCUUUUAUGGUAGGGGUAGUAUGUAGGACGCGUGUGAGAAGCUGCGAAUGUGGGAGCGCGUGCAGAUCUUUGUUAAUUGCAGAUUUUCCUUUGUAUUUUGUUAUGGUGAUUUAGUUUUUUGUUUUUUUUUAUAAUAAAUCUUGAAAAAAUCUU